AUGAAGCUGAAAACCUUCUGUAUUAUUUCUGUGUUGAUCUUUCAAAGUACAGUUGCUGUGUCUGCAGUGCCAGAUGAUGAAUGCCCUGAUGCCUUCCCGGCCCGGGAGAACUGCGAAUUUGAUGAAGUGUGCGAGGAUGCCUUUUGUAAAUAUAAUGAAUAUGUCACCUGUCACCUGAACAGGUGUGGGACCUGUGAGGCUGUUUUCCAUGGCCACGAUAAUCACACUGUCAACUGCAACCAGUUGACUCCAAAAUGCAGACUGAUGCACCUGGAGAUGCUUCACAAGAGUAAGCACGGGGGCAGUCCCCACGGAGGUCGCCUGGAUAUGGACAGUGUGUACGACCCAGAGUGUGAGAGGAAUGGCACCUUCAGAGCCAAGCAGUGUGACGACGACUCCAACCUGUGCUGGUGUGUGGACAGCGCUGGGGUCAGGGUCACUGACAAGACUGGAGACGACCCGAAAUGCGAUCGACUAGUACGUGUUCACCUCAUCGAGAUUUUUUUUACCUUCAAAGUUGAGUUUACGUUUUACAUGGGAACAGAAGAGGAGGUACGAAGGAAACUGGCCAUUAAACUGGUCAAAGAAUACACGUUAAAGGCAACCCAAAUUCUAGAAAUAAGUAUUCAAGAGCUGUCCCAUGAGGUGUCAAUCAGACUGAGUGAGAAUGGCACCAAGGAUCCUGUAGAUGUAGCUACAGUGGCCUACUACAUUGAGAGAGAUCUGAAGAAGAGCAAAUUCUCCCUUGAAGUUGAUGGCAGGAGCUUGGAAGUUGAGCGUGAUUCAAUCAAAGUCCUGUUCUUUGACAAUGAGCCCCCACGCAUCAACAUGAAGACCAUCUCCCCAGGGUUUGCUGCCAUCAUCAUAGUCAUCGCCUUGGCUAUUCUGACAGGAAUUGCAGUCUUUGUUGUGGUGAGGAGGAGAGCAGAACAAGAGAAACAGAGGAUGCAGUUUGAAGUCAUUGAGGGCCAGGGGCUUGACGAUUAUCACCUUGCUCAAAGGGAGACAAUGGGCUACUACUACUGA